GAAUCAGCGUCCUAUCGCACGCAGUUCCUCUCUCGUCUUCCUUUUCACAGCUGUGACGAGAGGAUCGCCGUCGCCGUUCCCCUAAUCCUUCUCGAUAUUUUCCUACUAUCAGGCUGUUCAAACUCUUUAAAAUGGGCGAUUACACAAUUCAGAUAAGUUCAAGGCUGAUCAAUCAGUUAGCUGAAGGCGACAAUCAACCAAAGAGGAAGGCGAAGAAAACCAAACCCAAAGUCUCACCACAGAGCAAGGCAGACCAAGCAAAAACACACCACGAUGCAGAGAAACCAAAGCCAAUGACAGAACUACCGACGCAGCCACCAUUCUUCUUCCCAGUACCGCAACAAGCAGCGGCAAACACGGAGCUGGAAUCGAUAAAAUCCAUUUUGAAAGAGGGUGAGAAGGUUCUUGAGAAGGUGGAGAGACAAGAAAGGAGCAUCGUUCAUGAAGUGACAGAGAGAGCCAAAGAUCUGAGGGAGAAAGAGUUUAAGAUUCCGGAACCGAAACCAAUGCCUUGCUCUUCAGAUCACGAAGCGUGGAAGAAAUGCUACGAGGAGAAUGUUGACAACCCUUUGAAAUGUAGCAGUCUGGUUAUGAGAUUCCAGGAUUGCGCCCGCCGGUUCAGACAGCAAGUGAGUUCUAAGGAAACGUAGAGACAACAAAGAUUCAAAGAAAAAACAUUAUGUGAUAAGAAGAGAACGAGAUGAAUGUUUAGAAGAAUUGAACUUGUUUCCUUUUUUAUCAUUCGAAUCAAAAAAGAGGAGGAACAAAUAAGCAGAAUCUGUGAUUUACAUUCAUGAGAUC